GUUUCCAGGUUGCACUUUGGGGAUGUAGCACCACUUUUCUUGGUCAGCACACACCGAAGAACGAGCGUGGGAAGUGGGGGUCAUUUGAGUGGAAAUUGCCGCGCAGACGAAGUCCGAGACAAUUUGAAUCUUGACGAGUGUCAUGGCGACAUCUGUGAUGCAUGUAUGUAUGCCGAUAACUUCAAGUGAGGAUAGACUAGAGGGCGAGAAGUAAAUGUACAUAAUACAUACGCUCACCAAAAUUUUAUUUGUCCAUCGCAUACACCACGUCAGAUCCGUGACAAAGUGCGAAAUCACUCUCUUAACUUCACUUACACGUAACUCUGCUAGACCGUGGCUCAUUGGCCACAAUUCUGGGACCGAAGUGGCCAUCAACCGUAGAGUGAACGGCGAUUUUGAUUGCGAUACUCGCGCUUGAGGGGUUGGUCAAGCAGAUGAAGGCGUAACCAGGUAGGUUAUCUCUGACUAUCGUCGUAAAGAUGCAAAGUACUGUUAACAAAACAAUCAAGCGCACCAGUGAUAGGGCAAAAACAGGCGCUGCGAAUCAGAAGCUGGAAAAAGAAUAGCAAGAAACAGUCAGAGACGAACGUCAUCAAUGCCAGCCAGGAAAUACCCGGAUAAUUCGUGCGCAGAUAAGAUGAAAUUGGCCCAAUUCCACGUUACUUCAAAGACCU